AUGACAGUUAAAGGUGUGAAGAAGGACUCACACGCGGACCAGGCGAAGAUCCAGCCGAAGUGGGUUGUGACGCACGUCCAGGGACAGCCUUUACCCGAAGAGUUUCACGAUGCCAUGAUGCGAAUCUUUGAGGUGGUCAGGGCGCUUCCGGACAAGUGA